GCAGCGGAUGAGCCUGCCUACCUGACAGUGGGAACUGAUGUCAGUGCCAAGUACCGUGGUGCCUUCUGUGAGGCAAAGAUUAAGACAGUGAAAAGGCUUGUGAAAGUCAAGGUGGUCCUGAAGGGGGAUAACUCAACUCAGUUAGUGCAGGAUGACCAAGUGAAAGGACCUCUAAGAGUUGGUGCAAUGGUUGAAACCAAAAUGCCUGACGGAUCCUUUCAAGAAGCUGUCAUCAGCAAGUUGACAGAUGCUAGUUGGUAUACUGUAGUUUUUGAUGAUGGUGAUGAAAGGACCUUGAGACGAACUUCAUUAUGCUUGAAGGGAGAAAGGCACUUCGCAGAAAGUGAGACACUUGAUCAACUGCCACUAACCAAUCCAGAGCACUUUGGAACUCCAGUUAUUGGGAAGAAAUCUAACAGAGGAAGAAGAUCUUCUCUUCCUGUUACUGAAGAUGAAAAGGAAGAAGAAAGUAGUGAAGAAGAGGAUGAAGAUAAAAAGCGUCUCAAUGAUGAAUUGCUUGGCAAAGUUGUGAGUGUGACUUGUAAUUCUGAGAAGGCAGACUGGUAUCCCGCUUUGGUUGUGUCUCCCAGCUGUAAUGAUGACGUCACAGUGAAAAAGGACCAGUGUUUAGUUCGAUCCUUUGCCGAUUCCAAAUUUUACUCGGUAGCAAGAAAAGACAUUAAAGAACUAGAUGUUCAGAAUUUACCAAAAUCCGAGUCCUCUCCUAAAAAAGGGCUACAGGAGGCAAGCACGUUUCUUGACACCAAGGGUGUUCCUCGGAUCUGGAAAAUGGACAUAAGUGAAAUUCUGGAGUCCUCGAGCAGUGAUGAGGAAGAUGGAGCUGCUGCAGAAACUGAUGAGGAGGAAGAAAAGAGAGAAGAGAAAACGGAAGAAGUAGUGCCUGAGGAAGAGCUUGAUCCUGAAGAGAGGGACAACUUCCUCCAACAGCUUUACAAGUUUAUGGAAGACAGAGGUACUCCUAUCAAUAAGCCACCUGUUCUGGGCUACAAGGACCUUAAUCUCUUCAAACUUUUUAGACUUGUGUAUCAGCAGGGUGGGUGUGACAAUAUCGAGAGUGGUGCUGUAUGGAAGCAAAUUUAUAUGGACCUUGGCAUUCCUAUUUUGAACUCAGCUGCUUCCUACAAUGUAAAAACUGCUUAUAGAAAGUAUCUUUAUGGUUUUGAAGAGUACUGCCGUUCUGCAAACAUUCAGUUUAGGACCAUCCAUCACAAUGAACCAAAAGUGGUAGAAGACAUACAGAAACACGUGGAACCAAUGGAGGAAAGUGUAAAAGAGGAACAAAAAAUGCCCCCAACAGAAGUUAAAAAAGAAGCAGAAGAAAAUUAUUCCAGCAGUGAAAGUGAAAAAGAGGAAAUAGAACUAAGAUCCCCAAGGGGACGAAGAAGACUUGCCCGCGACGCAACCCCUGCUAAAAAAGAUAGUGAAGAGGAUAAAACACAAGAAAAAUUAAAAGACAGUAACAGAGAAAACAAGGAUGUAGAGGAUACACCUGAGAAUGUAGAAAAGAAAGAAAAUGAAACUCCACUAGGGAGAAAAAGUACACCAAAGCAAAAAGAGAAAAAAAUUAAAAAACAGGAGGAUUCUGAUAAAGAGUCAGAUGAAGAGGAAGAGAGGCAGAGGGAGAGGGAGGAAAUUGAGAACAAAGGAGAAUCAGAAGGUGAAGAGGAUGAGGAGGACGCAGAACCCUGCCUGACUGGAACCAAAGUGAAAGUAAAAUAUGGACGUGGAAAGACUCAAAAAAUUUAUGAAGCUAGUAUUAAAAGCACAGAAAUUGAUGAUGGAGAAGUUUUAUAUUUAGUUCAUUACUAUGGUUGGAAUGUAAGAUACGAUGAAUGGGUGAAAGCUGAUCGCAUUAUCUGGCCUGUGGACAAAGGAGGACCAAAGAGAAAACAGAAGAAAAAAACAAAAAAUAAAGAAGACGGUGAAAAGGAUGAGAAGAAGGAUGAGGAGAAACAAAAAUCAAAGCGUGGGCGACCCCCUCUGAAAUCUACUCUUCCAUCAAACACAUCUUGCAGUUUAUCCAAAACGCCUAAUAGCGAAGGUAAAUCAGGAGCCAGAAGUGCACGGAACAACUUGUCAGAUUCCUCACCAUUACCAAAUGGAACAGAAGCAACACCUCGCAGGCAGACGAGACGUAGCUCAGGAAUGUUUGAUUCUGAUAGAGGAUCAAACGACUCUGGCUCAUCUGACAGUGAAGCAGAUGAAUCAUCUGAAAAGAAUUUGAAUGAAGCAUUUUCUCCAGAAAAUUCAGAACUGGAAAAAAGUGAAAAACUACAUGAUGAGAAGCUAGAUGAAGAAAACCCAAAGAUUUCUCAUGCAUUCAAAGAAAAUGACAGGACUCAAGUACAGCCAUUAGAAACACUGAAACUGGAAGUUGAAGAAAGUGAACAAAUUGUUCAGAUUUUUGGAAAUAAAACAGAACAAAUAGAAGAAAUCAAAAGAGAGGCUGAAAAAUCACCUAAAGGGAAAGGGAGAAGGAGCAAGACAAAAGAUCCUUCUCUGGAGAAUGCAAAGAUUUCACCAGGAAGCCAAGAAGAGGUGGCAAAUGAAUCUCUUACAGAACUGGAAAGAUCAGAGCUGUCUUCCUUGGACUGUAAAGAAAUUUCCAGCACUACUGAAAGUGAAACAGAACCUUCUACAAAAGAUAAGAAGCUUUUGAAAAGGAAAACUUUGGAACAGGCCUCACCUGAGAAGAGAAAUCGACGAGAGAGUGAGAUGGAAGUGCCAAAUAUAGUAUCUGAAGAGAGGACCAAUGAAUGUACUGGAGCAGAGGAAUGUAGAGGGCUCAAUGCUGAAGAGUCCCUCAGAACUGAAAAUGAGGAAAUGCCAUCCCUGGUGGCAGAAUCGAGCGGUAGUGAUGACACAAUAUCAGAAAAGCCAGACCCUAAUGCUUCAAAUUCAAAUCCAUCUGCCUUACCCCCUGCCGUCCAGUCGAGCUUUUCCGUGGCCUCGCCUCUUACUCUCAGUCAGGAUGAAUCGCGCAGUAUCAAGAGUGAAAGUGACAUGACUAUUGAAGUUGACAGCGUGGCAGAAGAGUCUCAAGAAGGUCUCUGCGAAAGUGAGUCUGCUAAUGGAUUUGAAGCCAGUACUACAUCAAGCAACUGUAGUAUAGCUGUGCAAGAGAGAGAGAUGGGAGAGAAAGGUCAAAAAAGACCCAGUGAUAGCAAUAGUGGAACACUGGCAAAAAAACAAAAGCGUACUCCAAAGCGAACAAGUGCUGCAGCCAAAAAUGAAAAGAAUGGAACAGGACAAAGUAGUGACAGCGAAGACCUUCCUGUCCUGGACAGUUCAAGUAAAUGUACUCCUGUAAAACACAUGAAUGCAUCCAAACCACAAAAGAUUUCUCGAUCACCUGCAAGAGUGAUUUCACCUCACAUCAAAGAUGGAGAGAAGGAUAAACACAGAGAGAAACACCACCACCAGAAUGCUUCGCCUAGAGUAUACAAAUGGAGUUUUCAGCUCAAUGAACUAGACAAUAUGAGCAGCACUGAAAGGAUCUCCUUCUUACAAGAAAAGCUACAGGAAAUACGAAAAUACUACAUGUCCUUGAAGUCAGAAGUAGCAACCAUAGACAGGAGAAGAAAACGAUUAAAAAAGAAGGACAGAGAAGUGUCCCAUACAGGAGCAUCCAUGUCAUCUGCUUCAUCAGACACUGGAAUGAGUCCAUCAUCAUCUUCUCCUCCACAGAACGUCCUUGCUGUAGAAUGCAGGUGAUACACAUUUCUCUGGCUUGCCAGCAACUUGCUGCCAUGGACAUAAAUCCUGAAGUUCAACCGCAGAAAGCACUCAACUGGUUUGACAUUGCCAAGUAUAUUCUGUACACACUUCCACUGCUGGACUGUAUCCCCUUUUCCCCUCCUACCCUCUUCUUUUGUUUAAUUUACCGUUCAGAGAAAUUAAGCUCGUUGGUAACUGAAGGUUUGUAGGCACAAUGUGACAUGCUCGUCAUUGUGUUUGUUUUUGUUUUGUUUUUAUUAAUGCAGAGAAAGGGCACUUAUCAAAUUUGAAAAGUUAUGUCCAAUGAAGCAUUCAGGUGUUCUAGGGAGAUCUUAGAAAAGCAAGUGCACCAAGCAGACAUCAGAGGAUUAUCAAAAAGAAUUGAGUAACUGCUGCACUUUCACCGAGCUGUGCAUUAACUCUUGGUGAGUAGUUCCUCUUUGUGGAAGCACUUGCUAUACAGAACUGCCAAAGUACGUGUUCAGCAACGUGCCCAGUUUUAAAGGUGUAAAUGGGACAAAAUAAAUUGUGAAAGGAAGUGUAGUUGACUGAAAACUACAGUUGUAAUAAGUCUUCCACUUUUUAUAGGAUUUUUGAGCACACAAUUAUGCAAAUAUUUUAAUGUUUAUUAAUGUUUACAGUGGAAUUGUGAAUAGGUUUUCAGUGGACUAUCUUAUCCCUUGACAAAAAUAUUUUGUCUUUUUUCUAUGUAAUUUCAGAGUUUUUAUUUUGUUACAAAAAGACGAAAAAUGAAAUAUAUAACAACAAUGAAGUUAUUUAACAAGAUUUCUAAAGCUGAAAUUUUUGUGUAAAAUAAGGUAUCUUGCAACUUGUUAAAUAUAUUUAUUCAGACAUUGGAUGUUGUAUUUUUAUGUAUUUUUUAAAAUAUUAAUAAAAUUGGAAAA